GUGAGUUCAUAUCUAUCUCCACAUCGUCUAGUCUGCGUAUACAGCUCUCUCUCUCUCUUUCAGUUUCGUUCUUUCUUGAGACUUACGUUUCAUAGUUCUUGAUUUGCUCGAAGAUGGGUAGGUCUCCAUGCUGCGACAAGGCGGGUCUGAAGAAAGGGCCGUGGACUCCUGAAGAAGACCAAAAACUAUUGGCAUACAUUGAACAAAAUGGCCAUGGAAGCUGGCGUGCCUUGCCUGCAAAAGCUGGACUUCAAAGAUGUGGGAAGAGCUGUAGAUUGAGGUGGAUUAAUUAUCUAAGACCUGAUAUCAAGAGAGGAAAGUUUAGUUUACAAGAAGAACAAACCAUCAUACAACUCCAUGCCCUUCUUGGAAACAGGUGGUCGGCCAUUGCUACUAAUUUGCCAAAAAGAACUGAUAAUGAAAUCAAGAACUACUGGAACACACAUCUGAAGAAGAGACUAACCAAAAUGGGAAUCGACCCAGUAACCCAUAAGCCCAAAACCUACGCACUCGGUUCCGCGAUUGGCCAGACCAAGGACGCGGCGAACCUUAGCCACAUGGCUCAGUGGGAAAUUGCAAGGCUGGAAGCCGAAGCUCGCCUGGCCAGAGAGUCAAAACUAGUGCCAAAUCCGUCCCAAGAGCAAGUAGGAUCCACUUCGGCUCCUCUCACAAACAGAAGCAGGGCUCCACCUGCUAGACCACAGUGCCUUGACGUCCUAAAAGCAUGGCAAGGAGUGGUCUCCGGCAUGUUUGGCAUAGCCAGAGACACCAUCGAGUCGCCAACCUCAACAUUGAACUUCAAGGAAAACAUGCUACCAAUCCCAACUGUUGGAAUAAUUAGCGAUAAUUUCGCCGGAAAUGCAAUCUCAACUGACCAAAUGCAAAGACUGAAAGAAAAUACGGAUAAUUCAAUGGCAAUGUAUGAAAUGACGUACUCUACUGAGGAACCAUGGACAGCUGAAAAUAUCAUGGAAGGCUUAUCGGAUAUGAUGGGUUGUGAACCUGAAAUGCAGAAUUCGUCUGUGGCUGGAGACAACUUCAAUGCAAACUACAGUACUGGAAGUUUUGAGGACAACAAAAAUUACUGGAAUAGCAUACUCAAUUUGGUUAAUGCUUCAGCAACUUGGAAGCCAGUAUUUUGAAAUAGUAGGAAGUAGUCAAAUUAUGAAUAGAACUUAUUAUUAUGCAAUAUUGCCUCUAAAGCAAUGGUCUAAGCUUCUGGAAUAAAAGUUAGUUUUAAUUCAAAUGCAAUAAGUCAUGGAGACAGAUAGAUGAAAGACUGUUUUAUGUACUUCUGUUCUCUCGUUACCUGCUUCCUAUAAUAAUUUCGCAUUGGUCAUAUGUUGGA